AUGGAAUUAUUCGACGAUACUGAAUCUAUUAACGCCACAAUUAACGAAGGGUCCAACGAACUAUUUGAUGAAACAAUAAGUGAAAACGAUAAUAUAGGUCACCAACUCAUAUAUGACACAGACUCUUCGGAUGAAGAAUCGGACGUUUCUUCACUUAAAAUAACCUUAG